AUGGCCAUGGAACGGGUCAUCACGGCCGACAACAUCGGCAUUACGCGAAUGCUGUUUGCAUCUGGUGUCACCAUCGCCAGCACAGAGGAGGAGCGGGAUUCGCUGCUGCGACUGGCGAUUGAGCGGAAGAAUGAGGAGAUGGUCAAAUUGCUCGUGCAGCAAGGGGCAUGCAUCCACGUCACAGACACGGGGCGGAGCCCCCUCCAUUACGCAAGAAACCAUAAGGCCAUCCAGUCCUACCUGCGCCGUGUCGUUCCCCAGUGCGACCACAGUCUCGGCUUCACGCUCUUCCUCACACUCGUAGCGUUUGCCCUCGUUGUUUUGCACGCCCUUUUCGCCACAGACACGUGA